CAAGAAUAGAAACGCCCCUGGGCGUUUACUUCGCCGGGGUGUCCUGCUAUGAAGGGAAACACGCAAUGCGGGUAUAUUUACGAGUUUAACGAGCAUAGGUUUACAUGAAUAUAAACUGGAAAUGUGGUUAUGGCUUGCGCCUAGGCUGAGAGGUCCUUGGUACAUUUUCCAGGAUGCGUUGGAAUCGGACCUGCUGCUUAUAAUGACCGACAAGUUCCUGUGGGGACAGGACUCCCCUGGAUCCUGGACGUGACGUGCUCAGCAUCAUAAUGGAGGCGAAAACAGGCUUCUUCCUGACUGUCCUCUUCACAUUACUGUCCGGUGUGUGUCCCCGGAGACUCAGAGAGAUAAAUGUCAAGGCGGGUGAGAUGGUGGCGCUGUACUGCCCUCGUGACAGAGGAAAUAAUGAUGGUGUUGCUGAAGUGACCUGGAGCAGUUACACCUCCCAGGAGACUCAUCUGACCAACAUGUCAUCAGCGCAGCAGAGGCAGAUGGGCCUGCUGGUUCAUGGAAGGAGUCUUGUGAUUCUGAGUACCUCUGUGAAACAGCAGGGGAAUUACUUAUGCUCUCAGGGGAAUGCCGGUAGGUCGUCCUGGUUCAGGCUGACAGUUUACACAACACAGACAGAAGAGAGUACCCAGUACCCUCAAACAUGUUACACACAAGAGACCUGCACAUUGUAUUGCCCUGCUGUAAACAUCCCAGCUGCAAAUAUCCCAAAUAUUACCAGCAAUGGCAUUGUUUGGCACAAGGAGGGCGAGUCAUGGUCAACAGAUGGUUACCGCUCACGUGUGGAAAAGAAAGACCAGGGUGUUUACACCUGUACCAGAUCUUACCUGUAUUAUGGUCAAAUAUAUAACAUGACCUUUACAGUGGAGCUUGAUGUCCAACCAAAGAAAGAAUCCAGGCCAUCAGUGAUACUUUCACCAAGCAAAGGGGAAAUAUUUCUUGUUGAUUUAGGCUCAACAAAGGUGAUUGAUUGUGAAGCUGACAUGUAUUCAGACUUUGAUGAUGUGUUCUGGUAUAGUGAGGAAUCAUUCAUGGAGACCAACAACAGCUUUCCAGUUUUCUACAAUUACACACGGGAAAGUCAUGCUGGAAAAAUAAAGAUGACAGCAUCUCUGGUCUUCAAAGAAGUGUCACAGGAGGAUCUAUCAAAAACGUACACCUGUAAACUUCAAUCUGUGUCUCCACCUUCAAGCUCUGUCACCAUCUCCUUGGCCCAAAAACAUAUUCAAGCGUCACCCUCCCUCCCCCUGGCUCUCAGCAUUCUUGGCAUCGGGGUGCUGAUUGUUGUAACAGUUGUUGUUUACUUAAAGACCCGACCUGCUGGGUGCCACACAUGCUGAGGCAACAGAAGUGUCCAGAUCUGGUUUGUUACCAAACACCUUACAGUUCCAUGGCGAGGCUUGAGUCUGUGCCAUGUGGAAAAGCAUAAGCUCCAUGCUACUCUCCUUUUCCCCCUGAGAGCAUCUAAAAUAUUCUCAACCUGUAGCUCUUUACCUCAGAUAUUUACCCAGGAAAGCUGGUAAGCUAUUUAGUCAAAAUGAAACUACUGUCUCAAUGUUUUUAGUAAAUUACUUAUUUAUACUACUAUAUUGAAGUGUAUUUAUAUUAGAUAGUAUUAUCAUACUAUCAUUUAACAGAAAUUAUUCUUAACUUAAUAAUUCAGUAAUUGUUUUAAUAUUUUUUAAAUUAUAUGUUCUCCAUCCCGGCCCUGCGAUGGUCUGGCGAACUGUCCAGCGUGUACCCCGCCUUCCACCCAAUGACAGCUGGGAUUGGCUCCAUCCCCCCCGUACCCUUACGAGGGCAAGCGGCUACAGAAAAUGACUGACUGACUGACUGAAUGUUCUCCAUCCCUAUUUAUAACAGAAAUCAUUUUUAACUUAAUAAUUCAAUAAUUGUUUUAAUGUUGUUUAUUAUAUGUUCUCUAUCCCUAUUUAUAACAAAAUCAUUUUUAACUUAAUAAUUCAGUAAUUGUUUUAAUAUUUUUAAUAAUAUGUUCUCCAUCCCCUCGCUUCCUCACCAUUGUAAUUUAUUUCCCCCACCACUCAAUAUAUCAUCAAAACAGUGUGCAACGAUUCCCCCUCCUGGUGAGCCCCAGAACUGCAGCUCUCCCGUCUCUACCAGCACAUGCUCAGCUUUUCACAGCACUCAUCUGAAUUUGACUUCACUACAUUACAACCCCUGAGCAUAUUUUCAGUGCGCACAUUUUUACUCAAUUUUACUUUUUUUAUUUCUCAAGUUGUUACUAUUGAUUUUUAAUUUCAAAAUGAAACAAGCUCAUUAGCCUACAUAAAAUCUAUAAACUACAUGUAGACUAUGGUAACCACAAUAAGCUAUAAUGAAAUGAAGACUUGAUUGACAUAUCCCAGUAUUUUAUGAAAACAUAAUUUUCCAAUCUUUUUUAUACAUAUGUUGAAGAAAUGCCUGAACACGUGAAAUUGUAAAUAUAAGGUGUUCAAACUUAGACCACAGUUUUUUUCAGUUUGGUUUUUUUUUUUUAGCCCUGAGCACAGUGUCUCAACAGACCAUCUGCACCAUCUUAAGUGUCCUGGAGAGGACACUUCCCCAAAUUUGGAGAAAAUUCACUCCCUGUAGAUUUUACAGAAUUGUACUUGUCAUGUUCAGGUCGGGCUCUAAAACAUUUGAUAGAUUGUCAGGAGACAAUUAAAUAAGUUCAAGGAUGGGAGGUGCCGUGUAAAGUGACAUUAAAAAUAUAAGGUGUUCAAAGCAACAAUUUUUUGUCCCAACUGACCAAGGGAGGCAUAUUUUUGGCAAAUGCACUCCUUUUUAAGGUUUAAGGUUUAAAAAUUAUGAAAAAAUAAGCUGUUCUUGGACACGGAGGCGUGUCUGCUGAAUAUUAUCUUUAAAAUCAUGCAACAUAAUUAUUAUAAUUAUAAAAAUAUUAUAUUAUAUUAUGUUAUA